ACCGAAGGCGCGUGAGAUGAAUCAUUCUGUUGGGUAUACAGGAGACCGCAUGGCAGAGCUUAGUUUAGGAUGUUACGUGACAAAAGAACGAACGAAUUCGACCCAAAAAAAUCCGGAGGUGAGGUGAUGAAGUAACAGACUGCAUAGCCUCAAGACACAGAAGGAGAUGAGGCUGAAAAUGUGGUUCAGGGAGCAGUAGAGGCUGAAGCUGAGGCUGAAGCUGGAGAAAGCAAGCCAGAAGAUGCUGAACCACAGAACAGUACAUCUGCUGAGGAAAACACUAGCAGUGAAAAGGAGAAGAAAAGGAGGGAGAGAAAGGAGAUAAGGCUGAAACUGAGGCUCAGGCAGAAGCUGAAGUUGGAGCUGAUGUUGAAGCUGAUGAUGUUGAGCCUGAGGUCGAGAAGGAAGCUGAGGCUGAAGCCGAGGAUCACGUUGUUGAGUUUGAGGCUGAAGCUGUAGAAAGCAAGCCAGGAGAUGCCGAACCAGAGAACAGCACAUCUCCUGGGGAAAACACCAGCAGUGAAAAGGAGAAGAAAAAGAGGAAGAGAGGAAGACGAAGCGGAGCAAAAAAGAAGCUUUCUCUAAUUGUGUCCCACAGCCUCAGAGGAAGACGAGUCCCGAGAAGAUCGGCUUCAACACACACACACACCCACACCCACAUACACACACACACACACACACACACACACACCCACACACACACACACACAUAAUAAUUAAAUAAAAAACUGUAUUCAAUAGGAGAACCUCAGUUUGAACCUUUUUAAGGCCACAGGACCGGACGGUGUCUCGUCUCGGCUCCUUACGGCCUGCACUCUGGGGCACCGGUGUUCAGGGGGAUAUUUCAUCUCUCCCUGGAACGGCCACUAAUCCCCAGGUGAAAAAUACACUGCACUACUCUUCCUGUCCUGAAGAAGCUCAUCAGUGUCUUUACCACCUUAGACCAUUCACAGACUUUCAACUGAAUUGAAAAUGGAAGAAAAAUUUUAAGAAAUUUCACAGGGUAGCAACAAUAUGACAAAUGUGUAUCUAUCCAGCUCGUGUACGGUGGAGCAAAAUGUGGUUUCUUCAUCCAGGAUCAUGGUGUAACACAACAAUACCUGACCUGACCUGACCGAUCUGCUCGUUAUCUUUUUUGACACGGGUUAAGAAGGUUUAUAAUUGGAAGAUUGUUGUUACACAAUAUAAAUGAUACCUUCACGCACACACACACACACACACAACAGGGUGUGGUGUGAUACUCGAUGGAGGAUGUCAGAGCUGGACUGUAUUACCCACAAUCCUAAAUAAAACACUCAGCGGCGUUGUUACCAUGGAAACACUGGAACGCUGACUCCUGUAGAGGUCGCUGUUGUGGCUAUAGGUGGUGUUUUUAAUGGUGGUGACUGGUUCGUGUGCCUGUCAGUGAGUGAGUGUGUGCGCGCGCGCAGGGUGUGUCAGUGUGUGGCGGAGGAUGCGGCUAUAAAUCCGGUGCGGCUUCUGCGCGCGCACUGCGCCGCUCUCUCGCUGUCACCGCGCGCGCGGACGCGUUACACACAGAGGAGCGAGAAAGAAGAAGAAGAUGGACACACAGAACCGAGCCGUGCUUCAUCAUCCACCCGCUUCCUAAACAGGUAAUUCAGCACCAUCAUGUGUACUUCAUAACAACAGCCAUGAAUCACAGGGAGGAGCCCGAGGAGUCCAAAGCCCCACCCCCUAAGACGAUCCGGCAGCCAAACAGUACACCUGUAGAUGGAGGCCGUCCCAGGUGGAGGCCAUGCCAGCUGAACAGCCAAGAGGAACAGGGAAAUGGCCAUCAUCAUCAUCAUCACCACCACUACCACCGACAAUCACACCAACAGCAGUCUGGAAGUAACAGAGCUCCAGCACGACGCAGCCGAAGACAUGCCCCCUGCCACACCCAGAGGGGGUCGAGUGAGAGUGGAGAUGCAGAGCCACGGUCAGGUCAGCAGCCUCGUCCAGGAGGGUCAAGGUACAGACAGGGUGUUGAUGGAGGCCAUCAGCACAGACAUCGACAGAAAACCAGACAGGUUCCUGUAGUGCCACAGCCUCUCGAUGUUCCUGAGGUCAAUCCAGCUUUGGCUACUUUGUCUCCUGAGGAGUCUUCUCAGGAACUGCUGACUCCAUCUUCACAGGAGGAUCUGACUCCUUCUCAGGAGGAAUCAACCCCCUCUCCAGAGGAGAUACCACAUAUAGAAGAGCAAGAUGGAGGUAGCCCAGGUCUUCAUUGCUCCUCCAGUACUGAGAGCAGCCUUCACGCACACUCUGACCAGACUGAGGACCAGCACAGAGAGAGGGAGCAGACAGAGGAGAGCAAGGGUGGGACAGACGAAUGGGAGGUGGAAGGAUGUCAGGAAAAUAGAGAGGCUGAACAGGAAGAACAAGUGGAAAAGAGUCAAGUGGAGAUGGAAUCCAUGGCAAACGCCAGUAGCUCAAAAGAUAGUAAGAAGACCAGUAGGAGGUCCGGGCCCAUCAGAGUGGAUGUUCCACCUUUUGCAGAAUUUCCACGUCAGCCUCUACCAAUCCCUAAUUUCCAGCCUCAGCCUUUCGAGGGUUUCCCCAUAGAGCCCAAAUCAGGUCCUAAUCAUCUCACAUCCAUCAGCCACACCACCAUGAGCACAGACAUGAGGCCUGAAUGCAGAUCAUGUGCUCAAUCCUAUGAAGAAACAUUUUCAGACUCCACUUCAGAUGCAUGUUCUACUUCAUAUCCAUCAGUCACUGAGUCCUGUCCAAAGUUCUACCUAGUGACUCCAACAGAAUCAGACAGAGAACUGUUCCACUCAAACUCCCAAACAGGAUGGUACCAGGAACACUCUGAGGAGCAGCAGAGCUUUGAGGAAAACCCUGAUAUAUCCAGCAUUGAGGCACAGAUGGAUCUGCAUGAGGAGCAGAGGCCAUGGGUUUCUGUUGGUUCCAGGUUGCACCACUAUGAUGAACAGUCAGGAGAUGAAGCUAGCAGUCCUGAAAGAACCAGAAGAAAAGUUUGGAGACGAGGUGAAGAACAGGAAUGUUCAGAGAUCAGAAAGGAGCCAUGUGAUGUUCAUCCUCGUUUGCCUGUAUUGGACAGAGAAGAGAAGCCAGAACAUGACUGUGUAGAAGACAGACCACAAGCUAUGCAAGAAUCUGCAAACGUUUCUGGAGAUGCGAUCUCUCUGGCAAUAAGAGACAUAAAGGAGGCAAUUGAGGAAGUGAAGACGAAGACGGUGCGUUCGCCCUACACCCCCGACAAACCCAAAGAGCCGGUGUGGGUAAUGAGGAGAGACGUCAGCCCGGUGGAGGAGUGUUGCCCAGAGCUUCCUUCACCUCCAACUCCUCCACAGCUUCCUUCACCUCAGAACACGACAUGUUCCCAGGUUCUAGCUACAGAUCCCACGGUUCCUUUGGGAGCAGAAUCUUCUGGAGCUCAGGAUCCCCAGGAAGCAGACAUCAGUCCAAGUUUACCGACAGCUGAAGAGCUCAGAAGAAACUUGGCUGCUUUCCCUACGUAUGUUGAUGUUCCAGGACCAUGUGAUCCAGAGGAUUUAAUCGAUGGAAUCAUAUUUGCAGCCAGUUUUUUGGGUUCCACACAGCUGCUGUCCGAGAGAACCCCGAGUAAGAGUGCUCGCAUGCAGCAGGCUCAGGAGGCCAUGACCCGCGUCCGGGGUGCAGGAGGUGAGCUUCUCUCUGCCACUGAGGUGGAUCUCUUCGUGUCCACUCAGAGGAUUAAAGUUCUCAACGCUGACACACAGGAGACGAUGAUGGACCAUCCUCUGAGGACCAUCUCGUACAUCGCGGACAUCGGGAACAUGGUGGUCCUGAUGGCACGCAGGAAAAUGAUCCGCUCGCGCAGCGCUCAGGAUUCGGACGACGCCCAGACCUCGGCGCAGGACGAGCGGCGGCAGUACAGGAUGAUCUGCCACGUGUUCGAGUCAGAGGACGCUCAGUUGAUCGCCCAGUCCAUCGGUCAGUCCUUCAGCGUGGCGUAUCAGGAGUUCCUGCGUGCGAAUGGUAUCGAUCCAGAGGACCUGAGUCAGAGGGAGUACAGCGACCUGCUCAACACUCAGGACAUGUACAACGACGACCUCAUCCACUUCUCCAAGUCUGAGAACUGCAGAGACGUGUAUAUAGAGAAGCAGAAGGGUGAAAUCCUGGGUGUGGUGAUCGUAGAGUCCGGCUGGGGCUCCAUCUUACCCACCGUCAUCAUCGCCAGUCUGAUGCAUGCCGGCCCGGCGGCGAAAUCUGGCCGUCUGAACAUUGGAGAUCAGAUCAUGACGGUGAACGGGACGAGUCUGGUGGGUCUGCCACUGUCCACCUGCCAGAGCAUCAUCAAGGGCCUGAAAUCUCAGUCCAGGAUUAAGAUGAACAUCGUCAGAUGUCCUCCGGUCACCAUGGUCCUCAUUCGCAGACCGGACCUGCGCUACCAGCUGGGCUUCAGUGUGCAGAAUGGCAUUAUCUGCAGUCUGAUGAGGGGGGGUAUUGCAGAAAGGGGCGGAGUCAGAGUGGGUCACCGCAUCAUCGAGAUUAACGGGCAGAGUGUGGUGGCCACGCCCCAUGAGAAGAUCGUACAGAUUCUGUCCAGUGCGGUUGGAGAGAUCCACAUGAAGACCAUGCCCGCUGCCAUGUACCGCCUCCUGACAGCUCAGGAGCAGCCUGUCUACAUCUGAAACCCUCGCUUAACAUCGCUAAGCUUCACCUCACACGCAUCACAUCAGCACUGUUUACAACUUCCUUGCACCAGAUGUAAAAUAAAAAUUUUUCCUCUCCAAAUAUUUUAAUCUGCCUUAAUAAUGCGCGUCACUGCAGGUGUGGCGAGACUGUAGGGAUCUGCUCUGUAUCGCGGUCCACUCGGUGAUGGUUCCAUUGGUUUCCUGUGACACUUUGUUCAAAAAUUAACAUUGGAUUUUUUUUCUUGUAUUUUGUGAAGAAGUCGCGUUUUUCUCUGUGUCACGUAUUUUUAUUCUGGAGAAAUCAGCUAGAUCAGCUAAGUCGCUAAAGCUCUAUCUCUAUCACACCUACAUGUGGUCUCACCCCCCCCCCCAGUUUUCUGUUGAUCAGAAAAUUUGCCAGCUUUCUAGCUUUUUUCCUUUCAGCUGAAAGAUUUCCUUAAAGUAUUUGAAGUGAUUUUCAUAUCUAUGUUUAUGAUUGCUUAAUUAACGAAUCAAUUAAAGAAAAGAUAACGACGGUUCGUUUAUUCGCUCCUGGACGCCUUCAUUCCAGACUCCACA